GACGGUAUGCUGAGAUGCAGGGCUCGUUGCUUGCCUCGUGGGGUGGCAGUCCUCUGGAGCCCCCAAUCUACUGCACAGAAAUCCACGUUUCCCGGUCCUCCACUCAAUCUGGAUGACAGGAAGGUUUUUCAGCACAAGACCACCUGGGAGAUCACUCGUGGACUGCUGGUGUUCAUGCUCUGCUCCUCCCCACGGCUGGUUCAGAAAGCACCCACGCUCCUUUCAAUCUCCCGACGGGUUCUGGGCCGCCGACUCUGGGACUCUCUGCUCCGUCUGACGCUUUAUGGACAAUUUGUGGCUGGUGAAACCCCUGAAGAGAUCAAAGGCACCCUGCACCGGCUCCAGCAGUUCAAGGUCCGCCCUCUCCUUGCAGUCCCUAUUGAGGAAGAUGUGGGACAGGCAAAAGAAGGGGAGGAGUGGUAUGACACGAAUGCCCGUGCCAUGCUCGCCUGCCUGGAUCUGUCAGUGAGGGGUCUGACAGAGGAAAGUCCCCGCAGUCCUAUGAUGCAACUGAAAAUAACAGCCCUGAUGGCAGCUGAGCUUUGCAAAACUAUUACUCUGCGGCUGCAAGAGCAGGAGGCAGUAUCAGACCUAAAUAUCGAGAGAGUCUUGGCUCUCAUAAAAGGGGAGGAAGUGAGAUUUGGUUGCCUGACUCCAGAAGAGAAUCUGCAUUUCCAAAAAUCACUGAGUCGGCUCAGAUCUGUAGCAGAGUAUGCUGUGGGAAAAAAGGUCCGUGUCCUGGUGGAUGCUGAAUACACAUACAUUAAUCCUGCCCUGUCACUUGUUACCAUAGCAAUGAUGGCUGUUUACAACACCCAAGUCCCAUGGAUCUGGAACACGUAUCAAGCAUAUCUCAAGGACACUCUGAUGCAUCUGAGUCAGGACGCGGCCCUUGCUGAGCGCUUGGGUGUAUGUUUUGGAGUCAAGUUGGUCCGGGGAGCUUAUCUGGAGAAGGAACGGCGGCUGGCAAAGGAAAAAGGAUACCCUGAUCCUGUCCACCCCAGCUGGGAAGCCACCAAUGAAAGUUACAAGCGCUGUCUAGAUUUUGUUUUGGACAGAGCGUCUCAUGCCAGGGGCAGAUUUGAGCUGAUAGUGGCCACGCACAACAAAGCCUCAGUAGAACAUGCUGUGCAAAGGAUGAAGGAGAUGGGCAUCAACAAGAAUGAUGGUCCUGUCAGCUUUGGGCAGCUUCUGGGCAUGUGCGACCAUGUUUCCCUUCCGUUGGCACAGGCAGGUUAUUCUGUCUACAAAUCCAUCCCCUACGGUUCUGUGGAGGAAGUGAUCCCAUACCUGAUCCGCCGUGCUCAUGAGAACCAGAGUGUCCUCCAAGGAAUCCGGGAGGAGCGAGAUCUGUUGCGCUUGGAGCUACAGAGGCGGAUUCUGAGGAAACCUUGAGGAAAGCCAAACAUCUAGAAGAGCCACUCUAUUUUUUUUAAAUGAUACAGGACGCACACACUCCCUUUCCUCUAAGAGCCAAACACUGGGCGGUUAUGUUUUGCCACAGUGGAAAGCCUUAACUUUUUCUUUCAAAAAGAAAAGAAGUGAAUUAGCAUCCCAUCUCCGUCACCAUAUUUUCCUUUAUUCCCUGCAACAGAACCUCCUGGCUGAGUGACAGCCAGCUGCUUUGAGUCUCAGGGAGAAAGGUGGGCUGUAAAUAUCGUUAAUAACGAUAAAAAUAAUGCAUUCCCCUAAAGGAUUCUAGGAAGAAGUGUUUAACUGGGCUGAGUUAUUGGUUGUGUUUCUGAACUCUCUAAAACUCAGAGAAUAGGCCAGUGCAGACCAGCCUUCUCCACACCACCAUCACCACAUAUAUAGGUUUUCCAGCACGGAGAUAAUAAGAGAUAUAUGAUUGUGUUUCCUUUGUGUUUUAAGAAAGAUAAAAGCAAGCUGUGGGAGAAAGUAGACUGGUGGGCUGAAUUGGAUUGCAGCUGCAGUAGUGGGGGGACAGGCACAUUAAGCCUUCCUUUCUUACCAGUUUCAUGAUUUAAGUUUCCCCUUUCCCAAAAAAGGGAAAACAAAGUAUCUCUAUUGGCAAACUUAUUCUUCCUCCACUCCAUGACUUCAGUUCCUGCCUCCAUUUUUUAAAAAAUGCAUUGUGAAUCUUUUCAUUGCUUUCCCCCCUCCAUAUUCCUAAGGCACUGUGGUAUGAAGGUGUGCUUUGUGUGACAUGGGUGUGUCUGAUUUAAUUAUUUCAGAGGUGUUGGCCAAGGAUGAAGAUUGUUCCCAACCACGUUUCCUUAAUCAACAAAGGAUUUGGGGAAAUCAGGUCUCUACAGUCUGUUCAACAUCUAGAAAUUAAAAAGUAAUUG